AUGAAAGAAACUUUGCUGAUUCUUCUACUGUCACUUCAUAUUUGGAUAUGCUCCUGUGAUAUUGGACAGGCCGCUGGCGAUAAACAACCUACUUCAGGAGACAUUGCGGAUUUAAAAGCAAAAGAAAAAGAGCUGACAUGGAAGAAAAUGAAGAGUUCUCUCCUAUAUCUGCGAGCUUCAGAAAGACCUAUGUUUGUGAUGAGGUGUGGUGGAGAUUAUAACUGUAAGGCAAACGACAUCUCUAACAGCAGCUGGCUGGCGGGUACCAGGGCCGUGGCUAAGACCCGUUUCUGGCAUACUUAUACUUGCUUUAAAGCAAAAGAUAUCAAGACUUGUCCAGUUGACGGAGUGUGGGGCGCAUGGAGUCCUUGGAGUAAAUGUACUGCGAAGUGUGGUGAGGAGGGAAACAUGACUAGAAUACGACAUUGUGACAACCCCCUCCCAGUAAAUGGGGGACUAACUUGUUCUGGACACAGCACCGUAUUGAGUAUUUGCCGAGGCCAGUGCAAGCCAGACCGAAAACAGACAUCAAGCUUUAUGCAAUCGGAGGCUUACCUCAAAAGAAUCCAUAAGGUUUACCCGAAUCUGCGCCGUCUCUGUCUCCAGAGGCACUGUCUGUACGACCAGGUAGCCAGUGUAGUGCACGGCGGCGAUGUGGAGAAGUAUUGGUCAAGUUUGCAGUGUUUUAAGUAUAAGAGAGCGUGUCCAGUGGACGGGGGUUGGAGUUCAUGGACACGCUGGUCGGACUGUGAACCCAUGUGCGGGGCUGGGACACAAUGGAGGUUUAGGAACUGUACAAACCCGUUCCCAGCUAACAGUGGAUUCAUUUGUCGGGGUCCUUUCUACGAGGAAUCACCUUGUGUAGGGAGGUGUUCGAGAACGAAUUUUGCGUUGGAUAUUUUCCUGUCUGAGUGGACAAAGUUUGGACCUUGCUCUGUCAAAUGUGGACGGUACGGUAUGAAGCAGAAACGUCGCAUUUGCCUUUCUCCGGGCAAAUGUGGUGAUUUGGUGAGGAAAAAUAGCGGCUUCAUCGUCAUCUACAAACCUUGUUUCCAGGGACCGUGUCCCCAAAAUGAUCAAACUUGGUCAAGUUGGUCACAAUUUACUGAGUGUUCCGCAGACUGUGGUAAAGGCCGACGAAUCCGCAUUCGAACAUGUGAUAACUUACACUCUUCGGGUGGAACAACUUGUAUCGGACAAUCAAUCAAUGUCACUUCCUGUGAAAAAAGUUGUGAGAAAGAUCCUGCUCUGAAGAAUGAAACAGCUGGUGUAACAGUAUCGGCGUUUGUUCCAGUACGCAACCUAUCGCAAACGGGCUGGAGGCCUGAUCAUUACAACCCUUACCUAUACGAGUUGGAACCUAACAAACCCGGUGCCUUCACAAAGUGGUCUGAUUGGUCCGCGUGUUCAAAGUCAUGUGAUAUAGGUCAGAGGUCAAGAUCUCGGAAUUGUACUGUGAUUGGUCAGUGUUCAGGCGAAGUCAGACAGGUGCUCUUCUGCAACACAUUCAAAUGUCCAGUGAACGGUGGUUGGAGUGAAUGGAUGGCGUGGUCUCACUGUAGCGUCACUUGUGAUCGUGGACACAGAAUACGAUAUCGCAAGUGUGAUAAACCUCUACCACAAUUUGGUGGAACAUGUUUCGGGGAAAUGGCAGAGAAAUCCAAGUGUAAUCUUGGGGAAUGCAAAGGUCUCCAAUUCGACUAUGGACACUGGUCAACAUGGUCGAAAUGCAGCCGCACGUGUGGAGCCGGUGCGCGAUUUCGGUCAAGAAAGUGCAGAACGCACAUUCGUUAUGUGAUUGAUCGCCGGUUCUGGCCGUACAUGAAUAAAAGAGUUCCAAUAUGUAAAAAACGCGGGAGAAACAAAGAAAAGGGAACGUGUGGGAUGAUGCCGUGUCCAGUUACUGGUGACUGGGCGCAUUGGAGUUCCUGGUCCGCUUGUAGUCAUUCGUGUGGAAACGGGGUACAUUUCCGGGACAGAACGUGUACCGAUCCCGCUCCUUUGUACGGAGGGAGCCAUUGUAAAGGCAAAGGAUCAGAAAUGACUCCCUGUUUCCAUGGCCCCUGUCCAGAUCGAGACGACACUGGCGUGAGACUUAACGGUAGUAGUGGGUUGCUAUAUUCGCCUUUCGACAAGCCCCAGUCUUACCUUAGUCUCCACCUAGUUGUGAAUCCGCUUCAUCCUAAUGGAAUCCUUGUGCACAGGUCACGGACAUGCAAAUUAAAAACAUGUCGUCAUAGUGUGACUAUGUCUCUUGUGCAUGGUAAACCUUGUCUAAAGGUAGUCAACCAAGGAUCGGAGAUACAUAUAAUGUCUAACACCACAUUACAGGUACGAGAAUGGCACACCAUAUAUGUGUAUUUGUCCCAGUCUCACGGAUUUUUGAGGAUUAAUAAUGGCGCUCAUCUCCGUGCCCUGUAUCGCCCCAAACCCUCCUCCCAGAUCAACUAUGACAGCGGGAUGACACUA